UCUGAAGUGAACAUCUCGGACAGUAAACUUUUUAAGAUACAUUAUAUGUGGACAAAACUGGAGGUGAAACUCUAAAAUCUCUGGCUCUCCUUACAAGAUGUGGAAAUCAGUUGUGGGGCACAAUGUCAGUGUGAAAGUGACCUCAGAGGGUGACGACUGGGAGACAGAUCCAGACUUUGAGAAUGAUGUAUCAGAGCAGGAACAGAGGUGGGGCUCCAAGAGUAUUGAAGGAUCUGGCCGAAAGGAACACAUCAGUGUUGCACAGCUCAGACAGAAAGUCUCCCAGGAACAUGAACAGGUGAAGAAGAAGGAGCUAGAACAUGGACCCAAAGCGUCCUAUGGCUACGGUGGGAAAUUUGGAGUGGAGAAAGACCGAAUGGACCAGACUGCUGUAGGACACAACUACGUGGCACAAGUGGAGCAGCAUUCAUCUCAGAAAGAUGCAGCCCAGGGUUUUGGAGGCAAAUAUGGAGUGCAAAAGGAUCGUUUGGACAAGUCUGCAGUGGGUUAUGACUACAAGGGUGAGGUACAGCAACAUGCCUCCCAGAAAGACUAUUCUAAGGGCUUUGGUGGGAAAUAUGGUGUGGAGAAAGAGAAAGUUGACAAGGCUGCCUUGGGCUAUGACUAUAAGAGUGAGACAGAGAAGCACGAAUCUCAGAAAGACUAUGCCAAAGGUUUUGGUGGACGGUAUGGAGUUCAGGCAGACCGCAUGGAUAAGAGUGCAUCAUCAUUCAAUGACAUGGAGUCGCCAUCCUCGUCAUACGAGAAGACCCAGGUGACUGAGGCCUCGAGUGCUGGAGCUGGGAACCUGAAAGCCCGUUUUGAGAACAUGGCCCGAGCUUCAGGUGAGGAGAACAGGAAAAGGGCAGAGGAAGAGAGAGCCAGGAGACAGGCCAGAGAGAAAAGGGAGCAAGAGGAAGCAAGACGUCGGCAAGAGGAACAGGACAGAAGAGAUAAGGAGGAAGAACAGAGAACUCCCCCUGUUCCAGAGGCUAAAAGCCCCCCACAGAUAUCCAGGGCAUUGCCCGAGACUCCCAGAGAUGAACCAGAACCAGAACCAGAACCAGCAGCACAGGAGGAGGAGGUGGACGAACCACCACGCUUACCCCCACGCUCUGCAGACUUGCUGGAGGGUCCAGAUGAAGCUGCCCAGCCUGAGUUAGAGUACACAGAGCAGGCUGAUGAUGGAGAGUAUGAGGACAUUGCACAAGUCCAGUAUUCAGACUCUCUCACAGCUGUGGAUAAUGACUAUGAAGACCUGGGUGGUGGGCCGUCAGCUGUAGCCAUUUAUGACUAUCAGGGGGAGGCGGACGACGAGAUCUCUUUUAUGCCAGAUGACAUUAUCACCAACAUAGAGAUGGUGGACGAGGGCUGGUGGAGGGGAUGCUGCCAUGGUCACACUGGCCUUUUCCCUGCUUCCUUUGUGCAGCUCAUGCAGUGAACAUGGUUAGGCUCUCUCAGCCCUCAAACUGUAUUUAAACCUUACAGCUUACUUUAUCAGCCCUGAACUUGGAUACAUAAAAGGCAGAGAAAAAACUCAAUGAUCAAUUUCCCUUAACAGAGACUAAAUAUUACUUUGUUUUGUCAGGCUUUAUGAUUUCUUUGUUCAGCUCAGAUCAUAUGUCAUCAGUUAAUCAGACAGUAUGAACUAAAGCUUGAGAACACUGUUGUUUUAUUUCCUGGAUUUAACCUCAAAUGUCAAUUCUGAUGUUUCAAACUGUCUUUGUUAACUAUAAAGUCUCAUCUUACCUGAUUUAGCUGUUUUAAUUUUCUAUGGCAGGAAUAGGCUUGAUCUGUGCAGAAAAAUAGAACUGAAAUAAAUGCUUCAAAUAACUACUGAAAAAUAUACAUCAGUUGUAGCCUCAAUAUUCACACAAAUGCUUCACAUAGAUGUAGAGUGAAAUAUGCCUCCCAUAUAUGACAGUAGAAAAGUCA